AUGGAUUCCGAUCACCAGUUCAAAUUUCCCCUGUUCCUCUUCCUAUUAACACUACUCAUCACCUCCGUCUGCUCCCAAUCAUGCACCCGCGGCUGCGACCUGGCCUUAGCCUCCUUCUUCAUCUCUGACGGCACCAACCUCACCGGAAUCCGGGACCUGAUGCAGUCCCGCAUCCUCGACCCGGUCCUGGUGGGUCCCAUCAUGAGCUUCAACCGCCAGCUAGCCAACGGCGACCUCAUCCAGACCAACACAAGGGUCAACGUCCCCUUCCCCUGCGACUGCCUCUCCGGCGGAUUCCUCGGCCACGUUUUCCGCUACAACCUGGCGGUCAACGACACGUACGCGGGGAUCGCGGCGAAAUACGCCAACCUGACCACGGAGGAGGCGCUGGAGAGGUUCAACGCCUACAAUUCCAGUCGACUGCCCGAUUCAGGGGUGGUCAACGUCACGGUGAAUUGCUCGUGUGGAAACGCUGACGUGUCGAGGGAUUUCGGGUUGUUCGUCACUUACCCUCUUCGGCCGGAAGAUAAUUUCGGUUCGGUUGCCGCGUGGAGCAAUGUCUCGUCGGAGUUGGUCCGGCGGUACAAUGAAGGUGUGGAUUUUGGGCGGGGGAGUGGCUUGGUUUACAUCCCGAUGAGAGAUGCAGAUGGAAGCUACCGGCCGCUGGGAUCAAGAAAAGGUGGACUCUUUUGA